AUGAGCUAUACAAAGUUAAAGAGCUACUCUGCAAUCGCAAUAGAGAGCUUAUUGCCUAUAGAUCGGGACACGUCGAGACAGAUAGUAGAUUCUGCACUCGUCUUGCCAUCAGACCAUGAUGUACAAGCAAAUUUUUUAAACUUGUUAGGUGAAAGUGAAGACUCAUUAACUUUUAUACGAAAUUUUCUUAAACUCAAGCAUGAAGCGGACUCAGAAGAGAAGAAAAGAGUAAGCACUGAAAGCACCAAAAACAAAAAGACUCUACCGGACGAUAUAACAACUUCAUCUAAAAACAAGUCUGCAUGGAGCACACCUGGCGAGUUUCCACCUAGGAAGGAAAUAAAGAAAACUUCGGCAGAUCAUGCAUCACUUCGGACCCUAAACUCAAAAUCUUCCAAUAGGAGUGAGCUUGGUGUAGGUAAGAAAUCAAAAAAGUCAAGCAUUGAGAACCUAAAAGACAUUGAAGAUGUGCUAAAUGAGUUAGAGGUGGUCAAUUCGAAAACAGAUGGCCUGAGUGCUGGCUUAAAAAGAUCUUGUAAUUGCAUGGCAACGAGACAUCCUUUGUUUGAAGUUGCUCCCAACUGCCUUAAUUGUGGGAAAAUAAUAUGUGCUAAAGAGGGUUUACAACCAUGCUCAUAUUGCGGCCAUGAGCUACUCUCUAAGAAGGACAAGCAAGAAAUCAUCUCGAUUUUAGAGAAUGAAAAAUCAGGCAUUAUGAGUAAACCGGACAAAAGUGUAGCUUCUACUCAAUUACCACCCAAACAGAAAAAUAAAAAAGUGACUGUUUCAAUGACAGCAGGAGAAAACUUGUGGAAAGCACAGGAUAGAGCAUUGAGGAAAGUGGAAGAAGACAAAAAAAGAGACAUGGCAUUACUUGAGCAAAGCAAAAGGGAGCAAGAAGAACUUGCAACCCAAAAGAAGGAGCUACAACGUUACGAGAGAAGUAAUUAUGAUCCAGACUUAUUGAAAGCGCAAGAAAACUUGGAUACUCUAUUGCAUUUUCAAGCAACAGGGUCGGAGAGAACGAAAGUGAUAGAUAACGUGUCGGAUUAUGAUUCACCGAAUUCUGGUAGUGGAAGCAUAUGGCUAUCUCCUAUGGAAAGAGCGCUUCAAUUAAAGAAACAGCAAAAACAAUAUAGGAAAGAUCAAGAUUCAAAGAGUAAGCUCACAGGAAGAUCGCAAAGGGCUCUUGAAAUGGUUAUUAAAGACGGAAAGGUUACAAUGGUUGAAACACAUGUUCCCCAACCCGAUAGUAUGGAAGAUGAUAAGGAGAUCAAAGAUUUAGAAGAUACUAUUCGUACUGAAAGAGAACAAGGAGAAAGUGCCAAUAGCCGGAAUAUCUGGGAUUAUGAGACUGAUUCUAAAAAGUGGCAGAAACCUACUUUUAUAAGUACUAAUAAAGAUUCUUUGAACGGCGUACAAGAAAAUCAACAAUGCCAAUCUAGGGUGCAAUUUGAAGGGAAGGGAGACAUCGACGAGCUAUUGAUUGCUAUGCCAUGA